UGCAGCCCCCGCCCCCGGCGCGGGUCCUAGUCCGGGUUCCGACCCGGCCCCAGCCCCGGUCUCCGGGCCCGCGGAGGCGGAGCUCCGGGGCAGGCCGGGAACGGGGCGGCGUCGCCGGCUGCAGAAAAGGAAACGCGCCGCCGCUCUUCCGGAGCCCCAGCAUGGGACCCCUGCCGCGGACCCUGGAGCUCUUCUACGACGUGCUGUCCCCCUACUCCUGGCUGGGCUUCGAGAUCCUGUGUCGCUAUAAGAACAUCUGGAAUGUCAACCUGCAGCUGCGCCCCACGCUCAUCGCGGGCGUCAUGAAGGACAGCGGGAACAAGCCACCUGCCAUGCUCCCCCGCAGAGGGAAAUACUUGCUCAACGACGUGAGGCUCCAGAGCCAGCAUUUCCAAGUGCCCCUCAAUGUCCCCAAGGAUUUCAUGUCCGUGAUGAUAGUUAAGGGAAGCCUGUCCGCCAUGCGCUUCCUCACGGCCGUGAACAUGACGCACCCCGAGAUGCUGGAGAAAGUGUCCAGGGAGCUCUGGAUGCGCGUCUGGUCCCGGGAUGAAGACAUCACGGAGCCCCAGAGCAUCACGGCCGCUGCAGAGAAGGCCGGCAUGUCUGCAGAACAGGCCCAGAAGCUGCUCGAUAUGAUCACCACCGCGGAGGUGAGGAACAAGCUGCAGGAGACCACCAAGAAAGCCUGUGAUUACGGGGCCUUCGGGCUGCCCGUCACCGUGGCCCACGUGGAUGGCAAGACCCACAUGCUGUUUGGCUCGGACCGCAUGGAGCUGCUGGCGUUCCUGCUGGGAGAGAAGUGGAUGGGUCCCGUGCCUCAAGCCGUGAAUGCCAGACUUUAAGGAAGCCCCGGAGCAAAGGAAGGACUGGGAUGCGGAGCUGACAUCUGUUUGUCCCUUCACCACCAGGGGACGCCGGGAUGCUAGUCCCCCCCCCAACUCGGCCGUGCCAUCCCCGGCGUGCUCAGGGAGGGGCUUGUGCGGGGCAGCAUCAUCCCCUGACUCACGGAUGCUUCGGUUCCGUGCCUCUCCUCUCAAGGGCCUCAGAAGUGACGUUCCCACCAAAUAAACCUCAUGCCGUUCUUCGGCGUUACAUGCCAGA